ACCUACUACUUUCUUUUAAUUUCAUUCAUAUAUUUUGACUCUCUUUUAAUUCAAAUCACGAUAAUUUAUUCUCUCUUUUUAUUUAUUAUUACUUUUUUAUCACUUUCUUAAAAAUUCAUAUUUUUCUCCACGAAACAAUUUUAUGAGGACAAAUGAGUAAUUCACGUAUAGAAUGGUUAGCAAUGAACAUUGUGUAGAUAAGUAGGGCCCAUAAUAUAUCUCAUUGUUACCAAGUACCAAGCAAAUCAAUGUAAGACUCAAUAGCUUGAAACAAAGGCCUAAAAAUGGCUGUUACAUUAACAAAAUGCUUCCUUCAAAGACUACCUUGUAGCCUUAAUAAUUCUUUAUCUUUUUCAACGAACAAGCUCUACAAAUCUUCAUCAAGACUUUUACAGCCAUUUCCCGCCGUUGGAUCAAGUAGAUCAGUUUUUAUCAAAGCUCAAGCUCGUCAAACAUGGCUACCUGGCCUUGACCCUCCUCCACACCUUGAUGGAAGUUUGGUUGGAGAUUUUGGGUUCGACCCGCUUGGACUAGGAGAGGAUCCAGCUAGCUUGAGAUGGUAUGUACAAGCAGAAUUGGUUCAUGCCCGUUUUGCUAUGGCUGGUAUUGCUGGUAUUCUUUUUACUGAUCUACUUAGAACUACAGGAAUAAGCAAAUUACCAGUCUGGUAUGAAGCAGGUGCAACCAAAUUUGAUUUUGCUAGCACAACAACUUUGUUAUUUGUUCAAUUAAUUUUAAUGGGGUUUGUGGAAAUGAAAAGGUAUAUGGACUUUAUUACCCCUGGAUCACAAGCACAAGAAGGUUCUUUCUUUGGCCUUGAGCUGGCAUUCAAGGGCCAAGAACCUGGGUAUCCAGGUGGCCCGAUACUAAAUCCUCUUGGUCUAGCAAAGGAUAUAAAAAAUGCGCGUGAUUGGAAGCUCAAAGAAAUAAAAAACGGAAGAUUGGCAAUGAUAGCAAUGCUAGGCAUAUUUGUGCAGGCUUAUGUAACACAUUCUGGGCCAAUUGAGAAUCUUGUGGAGCACCUUUCUGAUCCAUGGCAUAACACUAUCAUUCAAACACUCUCUACCACUACUUAAUUUUAUCUCUUUACUUUGAAGAUUUAAUUUUAUGUAACAUUGUUAUUAAUUGCUACUCAAAUUAAGUAUUUUUUAUUGGUUGUGAUUUCGAUCUCGUUGUUGAUAUAAGGGCAAUAUUGCUA